CCCGUUUGAACUCCGAGAAAAAUUUUGGAAAAGAUUUUAAGAGGAAAAUAUUGGCUUCCAAAUAUCUUCUCUCCUAUUGAUCUUCCCUGGUUUUUCUCAGCAAACAAAUAGAGUUUCGGGUUACAGCAUCAAUCUCAAAACCCUAAAUCUCAAUCCUUUUUUCAUAUACACUUGGUGUUUUCAGAGUGAUCUGAACUUCAUGAAUUGUUUCUUAGAAAAUUGAAAUAUAAAAUAUUAUUAGAAGCGAAGCUUUUUUUUUUUUUUUUGAGUAUUAGAUGGAAACUGAGCCAAAAAAGUCGAAAGGCUGGUGCUGGUGGAUUUUAGUGUUAGCCAUUGCGGCUAUGGUGGUGGCAUCGGCUACACUAACUAUUUGGAGUAACGGUCGCCACUCCAAGGUGUCCUCAGUUCCAGGUCGUCCGGGCAAAAUUGCAGAGAACUAUGCGGAUGCUCUUAAGAUUGCUAUACAGUUCUUCGACAUCCAAAAAUCUGGUAAAUUGGUGAAUAACAAGAUUGAUUGGAGAGGUGACUCGGGAUUAGAAGAUGGACGUGAAGAAAUGUUGGAUCUAUCAAAAGGAAUGUAUGAUGCAGGGGAUCAUAUGAAGUUUGGAUUCCCCAUGGCUUUUACUGCAACAGUGCUGUCCUGGGCCAUUCUUGAAUAUGGAGAUCAUAUGAAGGCAGUGAAGCAGCUGGGUAAUGCCCAAGCUUCACUUAAAUGGAUCACAGAUUACCUUAUCAAUGCCCAUCCUUCCCCAAACCUGCUCUAUAUUCAGGUAGGUGAUCCAGAAUUGGACCACGAAUGUUGGGAAAGGCCUGAAGCCAUGACGGAGAAAAGGCCGGUCACACAGGUGAACACAUCAUUUCCAGGAACAGAGGUUGCAGCAGAGACAGCAGCAGCUAUGGCAUCGGCAUCUCUAGUUUUCAAGAAAAUCAACUCCAGUUAUUCAAAUUUGCUCCUUAAGCAUGCCCAGCAACUGUUUACCUUUGCUGACACUAACAGAGGUUCUUACAGUGUCAGCAUUCCCCAAGUGCAGCCAUACUACAACUCUACGGGAUAUGGAGAUGAACUCUUGUGGGCAGCUUCCUGGCUCUUUCAUGCAACCAGAGAUGAGUCAUAUCUCAGAUACGUGACUCUACAAAAUGGGGAUGCAUUCGCUAGAUGGGGAACUCCCACUUGGUUCUGCUGGGAUGACAAGCUUGCUGGGACUCAGGUUCUGCUGUCCAGGGUAAACUUCUUUGAUACAACAGAGAUCUCAAAUGAAGAAAAUAUUGGCCUGCAGAUGUAUAGAAAAACUGCAGAAGCUGUUAUAUGUGGGCUUUUACCAGAUUCGCCAACAGCCACAUCCAGCAGAACAGACGGUGGCCUGAUAUGGGUAACUGAGUGGAACCCUCUGCAGCAUUCCGUGGCUUCUGCCUUCCUAGCUGUUAUUUAUAGUGAUUACAUGCUUACAUCCAAGACAGAAACCCUAUACUGCAGUGGGAAACACUACAAGCCGGCAGACCUUCGCAAAUUUGCCAUUUCGCAGACUGAGUAUGUGUUGGGGAACAAUCCCAUGAAUAUGUGCUAUCUUGUUGGGUAUGGGAGCAACUACCCACAGUAUGUUCACCACAGGGGAGCUUCAAUUCCUGUUGAUGCGGAGACUGGCUGCCACGAUGGGUUCAAGUGGCUUGAGUCACUUGACCCCAAUCCAAAUCUAGCGGUGGGAGCACUAGUGGGCGGGCCAUUCCUGAAUGAGACCUACAUUGAUUCCCGGAACAACACAAUGCAAGGUGAGCCAAGCACUUACAACAGUGCCCUCCUUGUAGGCCUUCUCUCAGGCUUGCUCACCAGUUCUUCAGUAGUAUCUUCUUUCUCUUGAUAUGAGCCCCUGCCAGUGUUUGAGGUUACUCUAACGGUCUAACCUUUCUUUAUAAUGU